UACAACAUUACUGGGAACGUCUUCUGGUAAUAAAAAAUUUUGGGAGAGUAAAAAGCGAGUACGAUUUGCCCUGAGGAAAAGAACACUGUUCCUUGGUUUGGCAGUGUGAUGAGACAUAUGUUCAGACACGCGUUGCUGAACGACUCGUUUCCAGUCACUAAGAUCCUCACACUUUCACUUUCACUCACUUUCACCUGUAUAAAUGCACCUGUGUUUUAGCAGCUUCUGCACACUUACCUGCACAGGUGAAGAAGAAGAAGAAGCAGAGACAGCAGACAUCCUGAGCUCACAGACAAAAACAAAAAUGUCAUCUUCUAGAAGAAUCCAGGCUUUGCUCCUGCUUACUGUCCUACUCACUGCUGCAACAGCCGAGGUGGUGGUAGACUGCUGCCUCAGCACCACCGACAAGUUCUUCCCUCUGAUCCGCAUUGAGAGCUACAAACUCCAGGAGGCAGGCCAGGGCUGUGACAUCAGUGCCACUGUGUUCAUCACAAAGACAGAGAAGACGGUGUGUAUUGUCCAUCCCACUGAAGAGAACAAGAAGACCAAGUGGGUCCAGACUCACAUCGAAUACCUGGAGAAGAAAAAGAAGAAGGCAGAGAAGAGCAGCUGAGCAAGAGGUGUGACCUUUGCAUUCUGGGAAAACAUGGCCAGAUGACCAAAGCUGGAUCUGAUAUCAAGGAUCUGUCUCUGCUCUGACACUGAUGCUGAAUUACUGCAGAUAAACACUCUGUGAUGUACAGAUAUGUGUUCUAUAUUGUAUUUUAUUCUUCUAAAGAGUUUCUGUUUUUUUAUGUAACCAAAAUUUGACUGUGACUCAGUUUAAUGACUUCAUUGUACAAAAAGUGACUAGAUGGGCUGCUUGAAAUAAACACUGACAUAUUUGAAUUUUUAAAAAAGUGUUGUGUUGUCUUCAUCAUCUUUAUCAAACUAUUCAUCUGGACAGCAGCUCGAGUAUUAUGGUGAAGCAGUUUGGCCAAAAACCUGCAAAAAAAGUUAGAAAAUUAUUUAAAAACCAAGCGUUAGAUAAACAACAGCCUUAUGACUUACUCAUUUACUAUAACCAGUUAAUCCAGGAGGGAAAUUAUUCUCUGGUGGCUAAGGAAACAGUCGUGGUUCCAGAAAGCUGCAGGUUUAAAUCCACCAGCCACCAAUUGCACCAACCACGGCACCAUCCCCACACACUGCAUCUCAGGUGCCCAGCAUGAGCUGCCAACUACCCACUAUGGUAAUGGUCCAAUAGUGGAGGACACACCUUAUUGUGUGCAAUGACAAAUAAACCUUAAAUCUUUACUGUGAGUGGUUGGA